CAGUAGAGGGCGCUGCCCAACAAGUUAAUCAUUGGACAGAGAGCACAAUGCCUUCUCUGGCACCGGAAACCAGGAAGCUUGGGUAGCAACAUGACAUAAACUGGCUAGUGAUGUUGUGUAACUACACGUUUUCUGCAUCACUAUGCCUGUAGAGGGUUCAGAGGACCAGGUGCCCUCCUCUCUCUCCAGCCCUGCCAGUGCUGCCCUUACCCCGGGAGGGGCAGAGGAGGAUGGGGCUAUUGGGGGCUCAGCAGUCUGCUCUUUCCCUGAAAACGGUCAGGGCUCCGAAGCUGCUGCAGCCUAUCCUGCCAACACUGGACCUGGGGAGGGCAACAGCGGUGGUAAGAGGUCUGGAGCCCUGCUGCAGAUCAACCGACAGCGUAUCCAAGCAGCAUCCGCCAGUUCUGGAGCUGAUGAACUUCAUGGUCUUGGUGUGGCUGUAUAUGACCAGGAUGUCCUUGAGCAAGGUGUCCUGCAGCAAGUGGACGAGGCAAUCCACGAGGCCAAUCAGGCUGCUGCUAAAGCGGAGGCUGAGAAGGAAUACCAGUCUGUGCUCGAUGAUGUCAGGUCCGUUACAGCGUCUCUUAAACAUAUCAACAAGAUUAUCGAGCAGCUGUCUCCUUAUGCUGCCUCCAGCAAAGAUAUCAGUAGGAAGAUUGAAUCUGUCAAACGACAAAAAGAAAACAAGGAGAAACAGCUGAAGAAAGUCAGAGCCAAACAGAAGCGACUUCAGGCCAUUCUUGGAGGAGAGGACACCCAACGAGUGGAAGCUGAGUUUUUGACGGAGGAUGAUGGAGACAAAGAAGCCGGGCCAUCCACACUGGGGAGCAUGCUCAUGCCCUCUCAGGAGACCGAAUGGGAGGAGCUUAUCCGGACAGGUCACAUGACUCCUUUUGGAACACGAAUCCCACAGAAGGGGGUAAAGAAGGAGCCUCGAAAAGUGAUGCUUGUUGAGAACUCGGCCUUUGACCAGUACUUGACGGACCAGGCCAAGUUGGCUACUGAGAGGAAGAAAGUCCCUCUUCUAAAGAAGAAGAGGAGCUCCGGACUCAGCCCUGAUGAGGAGGCCAAGGGAAAAUCCAACAGAAUUGUUUCCUCUUCUAAGGAUAAAAAAAUGAGGAAGCGCAUGCGAAAGCUCCAGAUAACUGCUCUGAAAGCCCAUACUAAGGCUCGUCCCAAGGCUGAGCCCCAGCUCCCAAAGCCAAGGAGGAAGCGUCGCACUGAGGGAGAGGAGAUAGACAGCGAGGGGUCAGAGUACCUGCCCAGUGAUGAAGGCAUAGAUCCUGACCAAGAGGAAAGAGAAGCCAUGGAGGAGGGCUUUGGAGAGGAUGAUGAAGAAGAGUAUGAGUUAAAACCAUACAAGAGAAAAACUGAAGGGAAAGGGAGGAAGAAAAUAAAGAAGAAAGAGGAGAGUGAGGAAGAAUACUGCCCUGAGAGUUCAGAUGAAGAGAAGGAUGAGAAGAGUAAAGACAAAAAAUGCAAAGAUGAUGGAGAUGUGGAGUACUACAGACAGCGAAUAAGGAGAUGGAAGCGACAACAUCUUCGAGAAAGGGAGGAGAAGAGAGAAAGAGGUGAGGAGCUUACAGAUGACAGUGAUGAAGAAUUUGAUGAAGGCUUCAAAGUACCCGGUUUCCUCUGGAAAAAACUGUUCAAGUACCAGCAGACAGGUGUGCGAUGGAUGUGGGAACUCCACUGUCAGCAGGCAGGUGGCAUCUUGGGAGACGAGAUGGGAUUGGGUAAAACCAUCCAGGUCAUCUGCUUUCUGGCUGGACUGAGCUACAGCAAACUGAGGACCAGAGGAUCCAACUACAGGUAUGUUGGUCUGGGUCCGACGGUCAUCGUGUGCCCAGCUACAGUCAUGCACCAGUGGGUAAAGGAGUUUCAUACCUGGUGGCCUCCUUUCAGAGUUGCUGUUCUACAUGAAACUGGCUCAUUCACCAGCAACAAGGAAAAGCUUAUUCCAGAGAUAGCAUCAUGUCAUGGUAUCCUGAUAACCUCAUAUUCAGCUGUGAGGAAUAUGCAAGACAUCCUGCAGCGCUACGAUUGGCACUACAUUAUACUGGAUGAGGGCCAUAAGAUCAGGAAUCCAAAUGCUGGAGUUACCACUGCCUGCAAACAGUUUCGCACUCCCCACAGGUUUAUCCUGUCAGGCUCUCCCAUGCAGAACAAUUUGAAGGAGCUGUGGUCUCUGUUUGACUUUGUCUUCCCCGGCAAACUGGGGACAUUGCCUGUCUUCAUGGAGCAGUUCUCUGUGCCGAUCACCAUGGGAGGAUACAGCAAUGCCUCACCUGUACAGGUCCAGACAGCGUUUAAGUGCGCAAGCGUGCUGAGGGACACCAUAAAUCCUUACCUGCUCAGAAGAAUGAAGGCAGACGUCAAGGCCAACCUCUCCUUACCUGACAAAAAUGAACAGGUUCUGUUUUGCAGAUUAACAGAGGAACAGCGGCAGGUGUAUCAGAGCUUCUUAGAUUCCAAAGAGGUCUACCAGAUAUUAAACGGGGACAUGCAGGUAUUCUCAGGUUUGAUAGCGCUACGUAAGAUCUGUAACCACCCGGACCUUUUCUCGGGCGGCCCCCGGAUGUUGAGGGGAAUCCCAGAGGACCAGCUAACUGAGGAGGAACACUUUGGCUUUUGGAAACGCUCAGGCAAGCUGAUAGUGGUGGAGUCACUGCUGCGUCUCUGGUUCAAACAGGGCCACAGAGUGCUGCUCUUCACUCAGUCUAGACAGAUGUUGGACAUCUUGGAGGUAUUUGUGAGGCAGAAUAACUACUUGUACCUAAAAAUGGACGGCACUACCACAAUAGCUUCCCGACAGCCCCUCAUCGCUCGCUACAACGAGGACAAAUCCAUUUUUAUCUUCUUGUUGACCACUAAAGUCGGAGGUCUGGGAGUCAAUCUGACUGGAGCCAACAGAGUCAUCAUCUAUGACCCAGACUGGAACCCCAGUACUGACACACAGGCACGGGAGCGAGCAUGGAGGAUCGGUCAGAAGCAGCAAGUGACAAUCUACAGACUGCUGACUGCAGGGACCAUCGAGGAGAAAAUCUACCACAGGCAAAUCUUCAAACAGUUUCUGACAAAUCGUGUUCUGAAGGACCCCAAACAAAGACGGUUCUUCAAGUCUAACGACAUCUAUGAGCUCUUCACCCUGUCUGACCCUGGAGCUCAGGGAACAGAGACCAGUGCCAUAUUUGCAGGUACAGGUUCUGAUGUCAAGGCACCCAAGAAACCUGAGAGACCAAGGCCAUCACACAUGGUAAACCAUGGCAGCCAUGUACAUAAACACUCCUCAGCAAACCAGAAUGAAAGUGGUGCAGACAGCAAACACUCCUCAACAAACAUUCAUGCAUUAAGAGAUGGAAACACUUCUCCGUGCAGUAAAAACUCUCAGGGUAAACCAAAUGUCCCGACAGACUGUCAAAGCACCAACCAAAAUGGUGUGGCUGUAGAGCCAAAUAUUCCAGCAAAUACACAGCAUAUAGGACAAAAUAACAGAGACUGGGAUGCAGCCAGGCCAGCAGUCAAAAACUCAAACUCAUCCAGCUCUCACCAACACAGAGACAAAGACUCUACCCUGACUAGCCCACAGAAACACAGGGAAAAGAGGAAGCACUGCGACUCAGCUGACUCAGACAAACACAAACAUAAGAAACGGAAACAUUCCCAGGAUGCUCGGUUUGAAGGCCACCGCAUCCCUCACUUGGUGAAGAAAAGGACCUAUGAGAAAGCGGAGAGGGAAGAAGAUGAAACAGGGGACCAGAAGAAAUCAGACGAUUAUGUUUUGGCAAAGCUCUUCAAGAAAUCUGGUAUCCACAGUGUGAUGCAGCAUGACACCAUCAUGGAGUCUUCCAACCCUGACUAUGUUCUUGUGGAGGCAGAAGCCAACAGGGUGGCCAAAGAUGCCCUGAAAGCCCUUAAGGUUUCUCGCCAGCAGUGCAGGCUGUCCUACAAUAAACCCCCUACACCACCUGCAAGGAAACGGUUUGGACAAAAGAAGAAUUCUCUCCUGGUUGCACCUUCUGUUCAAUCUGUCACUACUCCGAACAAAUGCAAGGAUGCUGCUAUUAUAAAGAAGUCUGUGUCAAAGAAGCCUGGUUUAGGAGCUCAUUUCAGUGGGGAGGGGCCAGAAAGUGAGUCAAACUCCGCCCCACUCUCCUCCUCCUCCCUGCUGGCCAAGAUGAGAGUCCGUAAUCACCUCAGCCUGCCCUCCAGCCAAAGAGAAGAAGCAGAGGAAGAGGAAGACGGCUCUGGAGCUCCAGGAACGAGCUCCCCCCCAGCUCCGCCCACUGAGCAUGACGAGCUGUUGGUGGAUCUGCGCAAUUUCGUAGCCUUCCAGGCCAAUGUGGACGGACAGGCCACCACCCAGGAAGUGCUGGAGUAUUUCAAACCAAGACUGACUCAGAAACAGGCGCCUGUCUUCAGAGAGCUGCUCAGGAGCAUCUGUGACUUCCACAGGACUUCUGGUCAGGAGGGCAUCUGGAGACUGAAGGAGCACUUCCGCUGAGUGAAGCACAGAUGAAAGUGGAAGAACUGACUGAACUGUGAUGCAUAUUUGAGUACUUUUCAGCUAUGAGUCUGUAGAGUACGAGCCUACAAUAUCAAGCUAUUUUUCAUUACUUUUUGUUAUGUUGUUGUUUUGUUGUUGUCCGUUACGUUGAAAUUGACAAAAAUAUUUCGGCCACAUUAUUACAAUUUGUUAUGGAAGGACCCUAUUGUAGGAAAGCCAUUUUACUGUACAAUAAACUAUUGGGUUAACUGACAAACUUGAUUAUCAGUUAAUUAUCCGUUAACUAAGUCUCACAGGGACAGUCCGUUGCAAUGUAUAAUUUGUUUCAGCUGCAAUGUGAAUCAGUUUGGCUUUUUUUGCUUUCAAGCGUUAUUGCAAUUGCUUCUGUUUCUGUUCAUCGUUGUUUGUACCUGGUUAUACUUGAAUGCACUUGUUUUGUCUUUGCCUGAAAGUUAAAACUGUAUUACCUCGGGUAAUGAUUUGCUCAGAGAUAUGUGUUGUUUGCUUUCAAAAUUUGUACCUUAACAGUCUCACUUGUGUCCGAUUUUGUAAUAUGCUUCUAUGAAAUAUAAUAGGGGAAUAGUGUGUCAUUUUGUAAAUAUGACCAAAUCACCAUAGGUUUUGGUAGAUUUUGUAAUGACUUACUUUUACUAUAUACAAAUAUAGUGUGGGUGGGGGACUUCAAACUAAUAUUCAAAUGACCUACCUCCAAUUAUUUGUGAAAAAUUGGCGAAAAGAUUUCUGUAGCUGCCAUGUUUUAUAAAAAAAAAAUAAAAAGCUGGUGUUGCA